GUUUUCCUGACCAGUGGCAGUCCAUCCGCGGCACUGUUCGGAGAGUUGCCGUUUACUAACUUUCUUUUACAUUCUUAUUUUUUUAAUCUUCCAAACAUGGAGAUGGUUGAGGGAUUUGUUUUACUUUUAUCGUUUCUCAUUACAAUCUCGGUGAUUACUGGCAACAUUUUGACCAUAAUCGCAAUCCUGAGAAAACCCAAGCUCAACACAAUAUCAAAUCAGUUCAUUCUCGGACUCGCAGUUGCUGAUUUACUGGUUGGAUUUUCUAUUCCUUAUGAUACGGUUAUGACGGCUUUGUUUGGAGAUAAACCGAUUGUUACAUAUAGUGAAUAUGCGAUUUACUGUUUGGUAUCGCUUUGUCCAAUUUUCCUUUCUUCGGUGGCGUCAUUUCUGCACCUCAUGCUGAUUGGUCUGGACCGGUACUUUGCAAUUACAAAGCCUUUGGAGCACAAGACUUUCAUGACAAAAACGAGGGCACGUUAUGCAGUUUGUAUUGCAUUUUUCAUUGCAACUCUCGCGGCUUCUCCACCAAUUUUUUGGAAUAAUUUGCCACAAGAAGUUGGCGAUGGAUACGGUUGUGCAACAGUGACCGUCAAAAUCUACUAUUACUACUUCGUCCUUCUCGGUUCUUAUAUUUCGACGUGGAUUUUAAUCCUAUUGAUGUACGCCAAAAUCGCCCGCGUGGCCUCGGCCAGACUGCCGAACAACAAAAAACCGCUGAAGAUGUUUGCAAUCAUUGUGAGUUGCUACACAAUUUGCUGGUUUCCCUUCAUGUUUUGCAUUUUUCCUGUUCUCUACAACAACCAACACGACGUCGAGAAAAUCUUCUACAUCAGCCCGGAAGUUCUGGCAUUUUCGUACAUACUGGCCAGCUGCAACUCGGCCAUGAAUCCUAUAAUUUACGCGUGGAAACUGAGAGGGUUCCGGCAUGCGUUCGAAGAGUACCUGAGAUGCGGAAUCAAAAGUUCUAAAAAUCGAGACGAACCACAGAGUUCCAGCAACCCCGUCGUUGAAACUGACACUAAGGACACCGAAAAGGGAAAAGUACUUUACUGUUCACUGGAAUAAAAGACUCUCUUUUGUGCAAAUAAGGAUAAGUGUAGGAAUCAAUGAUUUUUUUAAUUGUAUAUAACUUGCGUUAAACCAAAAUAAAAUAAAUUACG